AUGCUUCGCCUCAAAUCAGUAUUUCUCAUCGCUCUGUGCGCCCACUUGGUAUCGUCCUACCCUUUUCUAGCCCGAGAAACAUAUGACACCAAAGCAGACUCGCACUGGGUGAACAUAUGGACUACUAUGCCCCAGUUGGUCGAACCUUCUAAUCUACCCCCUAUUCCAUUCAAUGGAUCCACCGCUGUCUUCAGUAAUACUACCAUUCGCCAAACCCUCCAGGUUUCGUUAGCUGCGCAGGAGAUCCGUAUUCGACUGUCUAAUGCGUUCGGGACACAUGAUCUCAAGAUCACCAAUGUGACUAUCAGCCUACCAGUGAGCCAGCGGGUGGGAGUCAGUGGUCUACAGACAGAGACAUUGAAAACGGUGCUCUUCAAUGGAAGCCCAGAUGUGGAGAUCCCGAACCGUGGACUGGUUGUGUCAGACCCACUAAAAUUCCCUGUUGAGGCCCAAUCAGCUCUCAUGAUCAACAUCUAUCUCGCAGAGGGACAGACAGGAUUCUCCAUCACUGGCCAUCCUGGAAGUAGAACGACUUCAUACCUGGCUUUGGGGGAUUGGACUCGAGCAGAGAACCUCACCGACGUAUCUGUUCAAAGUACGGAGCAUUGGUAUUUUAUCAGUGGGGUAGAGGCUUUGCUCCCUUCUGGGUCUAGUGGCUUCGUUCUCAUUGGCGAUAGCAUCACAGAUGGGCGAGGAAGCACUACAAAUGGUAAUGAUCGCUGGCCAGAUCUGUUGCUGGCAAGAAUGCAAAAGCAUCCCUCCACAUCAACUCUCGCCAUUCUCAACCAGGCUGCUGGCGGAAAUCGUAUUCUACAAGAUGGCCUAGGUCCGAAUGUGAUCAGCCGUCUUGAUCGAGACGUCUUGGCACAGUCUGGAGUGAAAUAUGCGAUGAUCUUCGAAGGCGUCAACGAUAUUGGUGGUGCUGAUAGCGAUGCAGCCACGCAGGCGGAGAUUGAGAAGAAACUGGUUGCGGCAUAUAAACAAAUCACGGCAAGGGUGCAUGCCUUGGGCAUCCCGGUAUUUGGAGCCACUCUCACGCCAUUUGGCUCGUCGACGAGCUCUGACUAUGUGCAACCUUACUCAAGUGCCGAGCGGGAGAGGACCCGUCAACGAAUUAAUGAAUUUAUCCGGGGAAGUGCCGUGUUUGAUGCAGUUUUGGAUUUUGACCGCAUAUUGAGUGAUCCGCAGGCGCCAUCUCAGUUGCUGGAAAAAUAUGACUCAGGAGACCACCUGCAUCCCAGUGUGGCGGGAUAUCAAGAGUUGGCGGAUUCUUUCCCUCUUGGGGUAUUUGAGUGA